UUUCUGGUUUUUAUGAUGGAGAUCAAACAGCGGUUGAACCUCCAAAUCAAGAGAGUCUUGUGUCCUUUGAGGAGGUGGCUGUGUCUUUCUCUGAGGAGGAAUGGUCUCAGCUGGAUCCUGACCAGAAAGCGCUGCAUUUGGAAGUCAUGCUUGAAAACCAUAGGAACGUGGUCCCUCUGGGUAAUAAUGGGCAGGAGAAUCAAGAUUUCUGUGAACUGUUCCAAGUGAUCAAUGCUAAAGAUAGAACAGACAAGUUUGGAAUUCAAAUGGAAUUAGGAAGCCAUGAGAGAAACCAGUCAAAGAAUUGGAAUCAGGAAAGUUCAUCUUCCACCGAUGCUCCGAUGGAAGAUUUUCUUGCCCAACAAGAGAAAAUAAGGAAAAAGUAUACUGGGAAAAGUGUGAAUCUAAUCAAAGCUAAAGUACAAGUAAAUGAAUACCAUUUAACCCAAAACAAAAGGGAUGAGGCUAUAAGAAGACACAAUGGACAAAAUUACAAUGGGACAUUCAUUCUUUCUCUUGGAAAUAACUUCCUUACAUCUCAAAAAGUGAUUGAUACUAAAGAGAAGCCUUAUAAAUGUUUGGAAUGUGGAAAAUGUUUUAGAACAAGGUGGCAUCUUACUUCCCAUAAGAUGGUCCACACAAGGGAGAAACCAUAUAAAUGCAUAGAGUGUGGAAAGACCUUUGCUCAUAGCAGUACACUUACUUCCCAUAAGAUGAUCCACACAGGGGAGAAACCAUAUAAAUGCAUGGAAUGUGGAAAGAACUUUCCUCGUAGCAGUACACUUACUUUACAUAAGAUGAUCCACACAGGGGAGAAACCAUAUACAUGCAUGGAGUGUGGAAAGACCUUUGCUCAAAGAGGUCAUUUUAUUUCCCAUAAGAUGAUCCACACAGGGGAGAAGCCGUAUAAAUGCAUGGAGUGUGGAAAGACGUUUACUCAUGCCAGUACACUUACUUCCCAUAAGAUGAUCCACACAGGGGAGAAACCAUAUAAGUGCAUGGAGUGUGGAAAGACCUUUGCUCAUAGCAGUACACUUACUUCCCAUAAGAUGAUCCACACAGGGGAGAAACCAUAUAAGUGCAUGGAGUGUGGAAAGACUUUUGCUCAAAGGGUUAGUCUUAUUUCCCAUAAGAUCAUUCACACAGGGGAGAAUCCAUAUAAAUGCAUGGAGUGUGGAAAGAUGUUUACUCAGAGUAGUGGACUUGGAAGACACAAAAAGCUCCACACAGGAGAGAAACCAUUUCAAUGCAUGGAAUGCGGAAAGACUUUUGCUCAAAGAGUUACUCUUAUUUCCCAUAAGAUGAUCCACACAGGGGAGAAGCCAUAUAAAUGCAUGGAGUGUGGAAAGAUGCUUACUCACAGCAGUGGACUUAGAAGACACAAAAAGAUCCACUCAGGAGAGAAACCAUUUAAAUGCAUGGAAUGUGGAAGGACCUAUGCUCAUAAAGGUAGUCUUAUUUCCCAUAAAAGAAGCCACAUACGGGAGAAGCCAUACACCGUAUUUUUCGGACGUCAUCAGUCUCCGGGCAGAGUCCUUUGUGACGUCACCCUGAAGGAUUGUUCGGCGCAGAGAGAGAAGCGGAGAAAGUGGGAGGGGGGAUCAUUUCGGGACUCCGCCCUCGCUCUCCUUAAUCCCUGGGACCCCGGAGGAGGCGGAGAGGCUGCGGGAGAGUCUGGCGGAGGGACAUCCAGACGUGUCCCAGAUACAGAAACUGGAAGCCAUUUGUGGUCUUUCCAAGGCAAACUUUUCUCUUGGGAGAGAAAAAAAGAGCGGAAUCACCUGCAGGGAUCAGUCCUGCGGCCUAGAAAUGGUCCCGUGAAGGAAAAGGCAUCUGGAGACCCACCAGAGUCCUUGGAGCCAUUUGGAGUUGCUCUGCAGGAGAGAGAAAGAAUGGAGACACAACCUUUGGGAAAGGAGGGAGCCGGAAAAGGCCCUUCAGUUGCUCAGCCUGGAAAGGGGGGGAAGCUCUGGACAAGGACUGGGCAGAAGAUCCUGGAGGAGGAAACCAUCCUCCCUUCAGAAGUUCAGCCCUGGAGCUUCAUCCAAUACCGGGAGGCUGAGGGUCCCCGAGGACUUUGCAGCCGACUCCAUGACUUUUGCAGGCGAUGGCUGAGACCAGAAAAACACACCAAAGCCCAGAUGCUGGACCUGGUGGUUCUGGAGCAUCUCCUGGCUCUCCUGCCCUCAGAGAUGGAGGGGUGGGUGCGAGAGUGUGGAGCAGAGACCAGCUCCCAGGCAGUGGCCCUGGCUGAAGGCUUCCUCCUGAGCCAGGCGGAGGAGCAGAAGGAGCAGGUCCAGUUGCAGUGUUGCACUGUGGAGGUCAGAGAUCCUGAGGGAAAGAAGAACCCAUCAAAUCCCUCUCAGGAGCUAUUUUUCAGGAGGAUCCCUUGGGAAGAUCCAAGUCAGGACACCUCAGAAGAGAAACAAAGAAUGAAGCUUUCUGGUUUUUAUGAUGGAGAUCAAACAGCGAUUGACCCUCCAAAUCAAGAGAGUCCUGUGUCCUUCGAGGAGGUGGCUGUGUCUUUCUCUGAGGAGGAAUGGUCUCUUCUGGAUCCGGACCAGAAAGCGCUGCAUUCGGAAGUCAUGCUGGAAAACCAUAGGAACGUGGUCUCUCUGGGUAAUAAUGGGCAGGAGAAUCAAGAUUUCUGUCAACUGUUCCAAGUGCUCUAUGCUAAAGAUGGAACAGAGAAGUUUGGAAUUCGAAUGGAAUUAGGAAGCCAUGAGAGAAACCAGACAAAGAAUUGGAAUCAGGAAAGUUCAUCUUUCACAGAUACUCCGAUGGAAGACUUUCUUGCCCAACAAGAGAAAAUAAGGGAAAAAUAUGUUGAGAAAAGUGUGAAGCUAAUCAAAGCUAACAUACAAGUAAAUGAACACUAUUUAACCCAAAACAAAGGAGAAGAUGCUAUAAGAAGACACAACGGACAAAAUUACAAUGGGACAUUCAUUCUUUCUCUUGGAAAUAACUUCCUUACAUCUGAAAAAACGAUUGACACAAAAGAGGAACCUUAUAAAUGUUUGGAAUGUGGAAAAUGUUUUAGAAUAAGCGGGCAACUUACUAUCCAUAAAAGGAUUCACACAGGGGAGAAGCCAUUAAAAUGUAUGGAGUGUGGAAAGACCUUUGCUCGAAGAGAUAAUCUUAUUUCCCAUAAGAUUCUCCACACAGGAGAGAAGCCGUAUAAAUGCAUGGAGUGUGGAAAGACCUUUGCUCGAAGAGAUUAUCUUAUUUCCCAUAAGAUGACCCACACAGGGGAGAAACCAUUUAAAUGCACAGAGUGUGGAAAGACCUUUGCUCAAAGCAGUACACUUACUAAACAUAAAAGAAACCACACAGGGGAGAAACCAUUUAAAUGCAUGGAGUGUGGAAAGACCUUUGCUGAAAGAAGUCAUCUUAUUUCCCAUAAAAUGAUCCACACAGGAGAGAAGCCGUAUAAAUGCAUGGAGUGUGGAAAGACCUUUGCUCAAAGAAGUCAUCUUAUUUCCCAUAAGAUGAUCCACACAGGGGAGAAACCAUUUAAAUGCAUGGAGUGUGGAAAGACCUUUGCUCGAAGAGAUAGUCUUAUUUCCCAUAAGAUCAUCCACACAGGAGAGAAGCUGUAUAAAUGCAUGGAGUGUGGAAAGACCUUUGCUUAUUGUAGUGGCCUUAGAAGACACACAAAGCUCCACACAGGAGAGAAGCCGUAUAAAUGCAUGGAAUGUGGAAAGAGCUUUGCUCAGAGCAAUGGACUUAGAAGACACAAAAAUAUCCACUCAGGAGAGAAGCCAUUUUAAUGCAUGGAGUGUGGAAAGACCUUUGCUCAAGGAGGAAAUCUUAUUUCCCAUAAGAGGAUCCACUCAGGAGAGAAGCCGUAUUAAUGCAUGGAAUGUGGAAAGAGCUUUGCUCAGAAUGGUCCUCUUACUUCUCAUAAAAGGAUCCACGCUCAGGAGAAACUAUAUAGCAAUAGCAAUUCCACUUCGAUUUAUAUACUACUCCACAAUGCUUUACCACUUUAUCUCUGAGCAGUUUGCAAAGUCCCCAGCAAUCUGGGUCCUCAUUUUAGCAACCUCAGAAGGAUGAAUUAACUACUAAAAGUAAUCUAUACGAGUUGAAGGUGUUUUACAAUAAAAUGCCAAUUUGAAACUCUUCAGUUUCCACUUACCUAAAAAUGCUCCAUCCAUUUUCUUGCUGAAAUAUUUUUUCUCAUCCAGAAUUUGCAUUUUUGCUCAAAUAGUCACAAUUUUCACUUUGUAAAGCCACUGCCUUCUUUUUAGCUAUUCCACAAAGAUCUUUAAUGUUCCCAGAUGCAAAUGGGCUUAUUAU